GGAAGGAGCAACCAUUGCUCCAAUGAAUCGUUAACGUCGAAAGCCGCAUUCGCGCAUUCUUUCAUUGAGACGUUCGAGUUCGUUGCUAAAUCAGAUUGUGCAAUUGCUGUCGAGUUGUGACAUGAAACAUUAGCAUUGAGAAAUUUCUAAAAAUGGCAGGAAGUGCAGAGACAGUUAAACGUAAAAUACCAGAACUUCGCGUGGUUGAUUUGAAGAACGAAUUAGAAAAGAGAAAUCUUGACAAAACAGGAGUCAAAGCAACAUUAGUCGACCGUCUGACCAAGGCUGUGCUUGAUGAAGGAAACAGUCCUGAAGACUACUUUUUUGAAAUCUUGGAAAAGAAAACAGGCAAAAGAACAAGUAUUGGAAGACAAGACCAUGAUGUCAGCGAUCUAGAAAGUGCCACUGAUGCAGCUGAUGUUCCCAAUGCUAAUGAGUUUGAUGAAGAUGUGAAAGAUGAGGUUGAUGGUAAAAAAGGGACUCAUGAUGUCAACGAACCAGAGCGUGUUGAGGUGAAUGAAGCAAACACAGAUCUGCCUCCACCCCAAGAACUCGUCAAGAUAGAAUUUUCAGCUAACCAAGAAAAUGGUGAUGUAGUGGAAGACUGCAUCAACCUCAACGUGGAAGAUGAAGAGAAUUUUGAAGAGGAGGAGAGUCAUGCAAAGGAGAAAGACGAACCACCUAGGAGAGGAUUAAAUCAGCCGCAGCAACGUGAAGAGAAACAGCUGCCAAAGAGCCAAACGGUCGGCGUGGGUUCAUCGGGAGAGACAUCAACAUUGGCGUCCGGCGGUGGAGAUGAAUUGGAAAUCGGCAAAACGAGCUCGGCGACCUGUGGUGACAGCAAUGGGGACCAUGAAGCAGAUGAAGAUGGCAAGGAAAGCAACAGCACUGGAGCAACGUUGGACAGCAUCGCUUCGUCGGCUUCAUCUGGAGAGAAAGCGAAGAGUAGUUCGAUCGGCGUUAAAGAUGGGAUGAAAACGGCCUCCAAAGAUGACAGAGAUAAGAAGAAAACCGUAGGAGGUUCUAGCAGUAAUGGCGGUAGUCGUAACUUGUGGGUGAGUGGGUUGUCGACAUCGACCCGCGCCACGGAUCUAAAACAUCAUUUCUCUAAAUUUGGAAAAGUCAUGGGAGCCAAAAUAGUCACUUACGCUCGAACUCCAGGUGUACGGUGCUUCGGAUACAUAACCAUGGCUACUAGUGAAGAUGCAUCCAAGUGCAUUCAGUACCUCCAUCGCACAGAGAUCCACGGUCGGAUGAUUUCCGUAGAGCGGACCACAGGAGAAAAUGGACCGCGUAAGGCUGAUGUCAUCAAAUCUUCUGAUUCAAAAAAUUUGGCCUCUGCUGGAACCGAAGAUGAAGUCCCUGAAAAAAAGAGUGCCGACAAAACUGAUGAAACGGUAGCUGAUUCGUCGCCCCUCGCUAAGAAAGGCGAAGUAACGACACCGGAAGUUGCUACAUCCGCCACGACCGGGGACACGUCCGUCGCAGGAAAUACAAAAGAAAAGGAGGAAGAGAAAUCGACAACUCAAGGAGGAGACAAAGAUGGCAAAAUGGUGGUCGUCUCGUCGGCUCAGCAGCAGCGGGAAAAUAGGGAACGAGUCAACCGUGAACGGAUGGAACGUGAGAGGAAAGAUCGACCUCGCCGACCCCCAUCUCCUCAUCGGCCACGUCAACAAGUCUUGACCUUCCAGCAUAUUCGGGAGGAACGUGAGAAGCAGCGGAUUCGAGAACGUGAGCGGUUGGAACGCGAGUCUGAACGCCGUCGUCGAGAAGAGAUUGCGCGAAUGCGUGAGUUCGAGCGAAAGCAGCGCGAGGAGGCGAUCCGACUGGAAAAAGAGCGAGAGCGGCUUCGUAUCGAAAGGGAGAGGUUGGAGCGCGAGAAAGCCGAAAUAUUACGCCUUGAACGGGAACAGCAGCGCCUCGAAAGGGAGAAAAUAGAAGCUGAACGAGAAGAGCUGAAGCGUCGACAAGCCAGGUCUCUUGCCAAGAUAGAAGAAGUAAGGCGCGCUACUAAAAGGACAGCACCCAAUGAUCGUGAUGGGUAUUUUGUCGAUCGUAAACGCCUAUCGAUGGAAGGGUCGAUGCGAUUCGAUCCAUCAUCACGCUUUGUUGAUCCCAAGGGUAGCAACGCUGGAAGUGGCGGACAUUUUGGAUCGGGUUCUGCCUCCCUGAAUGCUGAUUAUCGCGGUUCAAAGGUAUCUGAACCGGUUCGCGGCGGUUACGACAACCACGCCCGCCGCUUCGAACGUCCACCCCCGUCAUCUGUUUCUGCAACUGCCGGAGCGGCUGUCAUUACACGACGCGUAGUCCAAGAAAUAUCAAGUGUUCGCAGAGACACUCGACUCCCACCGCCGUCACCACCUCCCCUUCCUCGUGAUCGCUUGGAUGACAGACGGGUCGUUGACAGGGGACGUGAUGAGAGAUACGAUCGCGGGAGCCGAAGCCGAGAAGGUUUUUCAGAUCGUGACAGGGAGCGGGAAAGAGAGCGUCCGCGUGAUCGAGGAGUAGGCAGGGGAAGUGCAACUGAACCGAUACGGAACAACCGCAUGCCGGAGAGAGAUCAUCGUGAUCGAUAUGCCAACGACUCACGUGGGAAAGAUCACCGUUACAAUGAGAGAGUGUCUGAGCCCUGGCAGCGAGGCCCUUCCAGUGCGAAUGCCCCCGUAUCAAGCGGAGGAGUUGGAAGUUCAAAAACUAAUUACGGUUCCAAUGGAAGCGGUAAUACCAUGCUGGGCAAUGGAGUUGGAUUGUCUUCUAACACCAGCUGGUCUGGCAACGGAAGUACGCAACAAGAUCGCUGGAGCGCAUCGUCAUCCUCGUUAAUGCCUGUCGGAAGGUCAAUGGCGUCGUCUGGAUCAUUUAAUAACAACUGGACUGGAUCAGCUCCCCCUCUUAGUGGAUCCGCGCAAUAUAAUCCAGCGACAGGAAACAUAGGGAGUCUUAACAACCCUGUUAUCGGGCAGUCUGGAUCCGUUGGCUAUUCGGCAGAUCGUUAUUCGCGACACUAACUUUAUCGCAUCAUAUCCAACCGUUUUUUUUUUUCAACUUAGACGUUUACAAUGUAUGAAAUCAAUACACAAAUUGAACUUUA